AUGGCUCAAGCUCAAGCCCACGCCCAGGUCGGCAUGGCAAAGGGGCACCUGUUCUCUGGCUACCAGCCAAGUCCAUCUGCUCCCCCGACAGCUGCCUCUGAUCUCAGUGAUAUCCGCGAAUAUCAGAAGAUCAUUCAGUUUCGAGACACAGUGGUGUCGGGAAAGCACCCUCGUAUUAAGGUGCCACCUUCAGCUGGAAAACCCUCCCCUUCCUCCCAGCUACCCGCAUCCAACAGACCAGAACGCGUCGCACAGUCGCCCAUGCAGUCACAGCGCAGUGAUAAGCCUGUCAACGGUUAUCAGAUGGGCAAUAUGCACUCGUUCAAGGCGAAUUCGCAGCAGCCAGCUGUUGUCGUAGCGCCGACUGGCCCUGCUGCUGGCAUACAUGGCGUCCCCAGAAACGUAACUGGUGGGAAGACAGAGUUCAACCCCAUACUGCUUCAGAAGUCAGACGACCUCAUCAAGGCAGAGUUCUCGCUGCAGAGACAGAGACUCGAGAAGGCAAUCAAGGAUGAGGGUGAUCAGCGGAAAGCUGCCUCGAGGACUGCUUUGUCACAUUCCGAGCAACUUCCUGAUCUGAACCUCUCGGAUAUCCUAGCAAAGGCUCUGACUCUUGUGCAAGCAACUGCUCCGCCACCUGUUACUACUACUAGUGCUGCUGCUGCUGCUGCUGAUGCUCCCAUGGCUGCUAAUGCUUCCGAUGCCAGUGACUCGUUUGACGAGAGGACAUUUUAUUCUAGUCAACAUGACACGCCAGAAUCGCAUGCCUCACCUCGAGCCCGGGCCGCACCAGAAGACGUACAGAUGCAGAACACCUCUCCGCUCCAGCGCCAACCGAAUACCGAUUCCUAUGUUCCUCCCCCUCCGACCCAGUUUGCUGCUCAAUCGCAGUCCGUUCCGACUACAGCCCCCCAACAAACCAAUACUGGUCGUAACGCCAGUAACGCCUAUACAAGCCAGAAUCCAAGCACACUCAGUCAAUAUCCCCCAGCAGGCUUAGGCAUGGCAUCACAGAACAGAAGCGCAAGUAUUGCAACAAAUGCAGGUGCAGGUGCAGGAGGUUUGUUGGGUCAAACACAGCAAGGAGAUGCCGAAGUACAAGUCAUCAGCUCGGACAGUGGACCUGCUAGUAGAUCCGAUAAUUCUGGUAACACAGAUUUGGAGCAGCCUGCUGAUCACGGCCACACGCAGAAUUCACAGCGGCUCCUGCCUAACAACAACUUCAGACAGCGCGAAUCGCCCCCUGUUGUACGCGCUCAUGACCUCUCACUUUUUGCCCCACGGCCAGCCCGUGUCUCGCCGCUGGCAACUGCUCGACAGCCACCUAUGCUAGAGCCUGGCGCCAACAUCAUACAAGGAGCACCGGCUCAAGUAACAGCACUGAGACAAGAGCAUGGAGUCAUCACGAGCCCCGAAAGCUCUCCGCAGGGAGAAAAGGGAGGCAAGAAGAAGAAUAAGAAGAAGAACAAGAAAGCACGAGCACAAGACGUCCCAGGCUCUCCUGACAUUAAGCCAGAACCUCGCUCACCUUCUCCCCUUUCUGCCCCCAUGUUCAUUCGCCCUCAAAAACGACAACGAGCAUCUGGUAGGGAGGAGGCUGAGUUGGUGGUAUAUGACGAGCCACGUCUCGAACGACCGAUCUCACAGCUUCAACAUGACCGAUACUCGGAGGCGCCCAUGCCCGCCGAAAGAGUGCCUCUUACAUAUGAGAGACUGGAUGAUCCUUAUGCGCGUCAGGUACGUCACUCGGUCGCGCCAGUUAGGGAGAGACUAGAGCCUCAGCUGUAUGAGGAGAGAAGGCCGGAUGGUACCAUUGUGCAAUACAUUCGCCGCGUCCAGUCACCCGCAGGAUACUCAGUUCCCUACGGUGCCGGAGAGCCGCGUCCCAUGCGUUCAGCAUCUUACGCGGUGACGAAUCCAAGUCUGCGCGAGAUGGCUACCUAUCCACGCGAAGGACGAAUGAGUGUACGCCCUUAUGCCGACCGAGCGAGGUCACAGUCCCCUGUCAUGGCACCUCCUUCCGCCCCUCCUCCUUCUCGCAUCGUUGUUGACGAAUACGGCCGUGAGUACUUGGAGCCUGUUCGUGCCAGCACUGUCGCUCGACGAUCAGUUAUGCCUUCCGCAAGACCGGGCGAUCACGAGGUCAUCUAUGAGAGAGCACCAAUCCGCGCGACAUCUCGCAUGCCCGGUUCCGAGAGCUUCGAAGGAGACGGUGUUCUCUACCGGCGUGCUGCGUCGCCGUCGUUUGCUCCGCGACGCAUCAUCACCCAGCCGGAGUAUAGCACUGACUACCGAAGUUAUCGAGAGCGUGAUUACUCUACCCAGCCCAUGGGACCUCCUGAUCAAGGUUUGGUUCAGAUUCGAGGAGGAGCGGAGCGACGUAUUUCUGAGCAGAUGCCUCGUGAAUACCUCUCUAGAGCGACCAGUGUGCGACCAGUGGACGCUGCGCAAUACUACGAAAGACCCCAGAGUACUCGACCAGAAGUGCCCUAUCGACAGUACGCUCCCAGUGUCCACACAGAAGGAAGAAGAGAGGUGGUUCCCCAUGUGCUUCGUGAGUUCAGCGUCAGACCAGCUGAAUCGGAAAUGCCACGACGGGAAUACAGCGUUCGGCCAGCGGAACGCUACUACGAUCGACCGCCCCCGAGGGAUGAGGAAGUAAAAUACAUCGAUCGGCCCCGCACAGUACAGCAAGAGAUAGUCUAUGCUGAUGAUGGGCGAAGGCAAGUGUACCAGUAA